UCGAUUGCAUCCUUUCUCACCGCUAGCGCUGCCCUCGUGAGCGCCGGACCCAUCUCCUAUGGCAUAUGCCAGACAGGGUGCAACAUCGUAGCGGUGGCAUGUUACGCCGCCGCCGGCUUCACCUUCGGAACCGUCGCCGCCCCUCUGGCGCCUCCCGCUAUUCUCGGGUGCAACGCCGCUCUCGGCACCUGCUCGGCCGGGUGCGCUGCGUUCCUCGUAGCCCCCAUUCCGUGA